AUGUUGUCGGCUCCCGUUAAAUCGGCGAAGCGCAUCUCCUCCCUCUUUUCGCUGGGUUCACACAAGGACCAGAACACGCCCGGUUCCCCGGCCUCGCCGGCAUUCAAUGGCUCGGCAGACCUUGCACAGGACAGGAGGCAACGAAGCAGUUCGCGACCGACACGACAUGUCUCGACGCCCAAUGCAGUGUUCUCAGAACCAAGGACGGUCCCGAACGCCGGUCCCAUGGAGCAGUUCGACCUGGAAAGCCUCCCGCCCCCACCAUCGUUGCUGGCUGUGAACCAAGACCUCGCCAGCAGCGCUCCCGGCUCGCCCACCGAUUCUCGCCCUCGCAGCAGGGGUCGCGACAUGACUCGACCUUCCAGUUCGGCCGGGUUGGCUAUCCCAGGUGCCACACCCGACUCCCGCCCAGGCACGCCAUCGAAACGCCGUAGUUGGAUGCCGGGUAUGAUGGGUCGGUCGCGAGCAAGUUCGGUGGACAAGCGGGUACCAACCCCUGCCAUUCCCAGUGCCUGGAUCGCCGGGUUGGAGCAGAAGGUGGUCUACGAUAUGGGGCCUUUGUCGAGGGGUGAACAGAUCGCUGAGCUGUGGAACGAGCAAGGUGACACCUUUGUCUACUUGUUCCCCCAAAACACCGGCCGAUCUCCUUCCUUCAAAGUCGAUUCCACCGUCUUUGCCGAAUCCCCUUCUCUUACUUACCUCGCCCGCGGCCCCGAUUCUAAGCAGACUGGCCUGGAGCAGCCCACGCGCUCCCUUUCGCUUCAGAAUCCGAUUUCCCCGCCAUUGACCCCGCAGGAACGGCCUGUAGACGACGAUGACAAUGAUAGUUCGGGGAGCCAGCGAAUGGCCUUUGUGGACGACGGUCCAGAUGACGUCCAGGAGUUGCACCUUUACCUGCCCAUUCCGCUGAACAGCGACGUCUCCAGCCCUCAAUCUCGGCUCUCUCAAGAAGAUUUGGAGACCCUGCUCUUGUUCCGCAAUCUUUUUGCUUUCCUGCUGGGCCAAUCACUCAUCGCUACACCCAAGUCUGGAUCUCUCUUCAGCAUCUUCAUGGAUGUGGCGGUCCUGCUGUCCCGGUUCGAGUUUUCUAACCUGGAUGGAUCCAAUUUCGGUGAAACAGCCACCUCGAGCUUCAGCAACUACUGCGACGAAUUGCGUCUGGCUGACGUGCGAAAGAGCCGUGAGAAGACUAUUGAAGCCAUUGUGCUGGGUGAGCGACUCCGGUACUACCCGCUGUACCUGGAAGGAUUCGUGCACGGUGUUGGCAAGCUAGAUGAGAUCAAGCAGCUGCGGAGCCCAAAAUACACGUAUAUCCACCCGAUCACCCAAAAGCGCCUGGAGCGUGGUUUCAUCGACCUGGAUUCGCGUCUGCGGGGCCUGUACGGCAAACUGGAGGACUUUGAUUUCCCCUCGGUCUUCUCGGGGUUUGCAAACUCGACCACCUCGGCGGAGAGCAAGGUCAUUCGCUUCAAGAACUGGAAGGCCGGCUUCCUCGAGUUCCGACGCUUUACCAUCAACUUCUACCGCACUAAGUACGGCUCUUGGCCGCCCAAGGCUCGCUCUAAGAAAAACGAAUUCGAAGAGAGCGGACUGAACCGCCAACUGCUCCUGGAUUUGUAUAGUGACUUUACUGAUCUAUAUGAUCUGCUGGUCGACCGCACCGCUCUCACUACCCGCACCAUCGAUUCCUCUAGUGCCGGUGGUGAUCCUUCGUCCACUGACCUGAGAGAGGUCACCUCGCGUGCUCUGCGCCAUGUGCUGAGUGAGUAUGACCGCAGUACUCCUCCCGUCCUGCCUCCUAUUCCGUUCGACAUUCCCCAGCUGCCGUCGGUACAGGGGUUGCACCGCAAGCCGCUGGACGCCAAGAAGGAGGCCAAGUACCGUGCCAAGAAGCUUAAGAACUCUGACAUCAACUCCGUCCUCAUGGACUCUUACACUCGCGAGAGCAUGCGGCCCACCGCCUUCAUUGAAAGCUUUAUGCAAUUUGAGCGACGGUGUGCCAGUGGUAAGAGUGUAGAAGAUCUGCAUGAUCUGCGCUGCGGACAAUGGAUUUUUCUCUACGCUGUCAUUCAGUCUCUGCCCAUGCUGGUUGUCGACGUUCCCGAGGUUCGCUUCACAGACGGCGUGGAGUACUUCCUCUGUAUUGCCCCUCGCGGUGGUGCCCCCUGGAUUCACAAUGACACCAAGACUGCUCGUGCCUGGUUUGGUGUGGCUGGUGGUGCUGGUGUUGUCAGCCUGCCGUCUGACGUUGUUAUCAACGGUGUUGAAGGUGUCUACCGACGCAGCCACUGCUGGCAAGUGGCCGAGCAAUGGGCCGAGGCCGGCGCCCUUAUUGAACCCCCAAUGGUUGAGGAUGCAUACGAGGAGAAUGAGUCUUCCAUCUCAUCUCCUUACCAAGGCCAUCAGUCAUCUGCCGGGUCCUCCUCCGAUCCGCACCCGCCUUCGAUGAUGGCUCAUCCCGGGGGUGGUCUUACACCUCCCCCCUGCCAUCCCUCGCACUCGUUCCCCUGGUACCGCUCAACGCUCCGACAACCGCCAAUCAAUCUACCCUGGUCUGGAGGCCUUGCCGCUUCCCGCCGGGAUUGCUCCCAUUGA